UCCUCCCGCGCGCUCUCGGACGGAUUAGGGCGCAGCGCUGCGUCCAAAAGGAACCGUAGUUGAGGCGCCGCUCUAAGGUUGGGGGGGACCCCGGGUACCAUAUUCUCCUGAAGGACUGAAUAGGUGGGGGGAAUUGUAUGAAUCUGUCUUAAGGGAGUUUAUCUGCUGUGGAUCCUGUCAUGGAGACUCUCAGGGGGCUCCUCGCGCUGCUGUGCGCUGUUGCGGUUGGAGCGCAGCUGGACAACCAAGUGACAACGUUUGCGGAUUGCCCCGUUGACAUCUUCUUCGUGCUGGACACAUCUGAGAGUGUCGCUCUGAGGCUAAAAGCUCCCAGCUUCUACAUAGACCAGAUUAAAGAUUUCACCAAACGCUUCAUAGAUGAACUCCAAGACAUGCGCCACCGAUGUGACCGCGUCGUGACGUGGAACUCAGGAGCCCUCCACUACAGCGACGACAUCGUCCUGGUGAGGGAGCUGAGUGACAUGCGCACCCAACGCCAGGCCCUGAAGAGUGACGUGGACGCCAUCACGUACAUCGGCAAGGGUACGCACACCGACUGUGCCAUCAAAAGGGGCCUGGCCGAGCUGCUCGUUGGGGGCUCCUACUACGAGCAGAACAAGUACAUAGUGGUUGUCACCGAUGGUCACCCCAUCACCGGGUACAAGGAGCCGUGUGGAGGAGUGCAGGAGGCUGCUAAUGAGGCCAAGCAGCAUGGAGUCAAGGUCUUUGCUGUUGCCAUCUCGCCAGACCAGGAGGACACCCGGCUCUCACUCAUUGCCACAAACCAGAACUACCGUCAGAACUUCACAGCUGCAGACAACAUCAGAUCCACCAAGAUGCAAACCAUUCGCUCCAUCAUUGACAUCAUUACCAACGAAACAAAGGAUGUGUGCUGCUCGUUUGACUGCAGCCCUUCCGGAGGAGCCAAAGGACCGCCUGGAGAUGCAGGUGGAAUGGGAGAGAUGGGUCGACCUGGGAUGCCAGGAGAGAAGGGAGACAUCGGCAAUGUGGGCAGCGUUGGAGAUCCUGGACCUGUUGGCUACAGUGGGAUGAAGGGAGAUCGAGGUCCAAGAGGAGGAAAGGGUGAAAGAGGAGCCAAAGGCUUUAAGGGGGACAAAGGUCAAAGGGGGUUAGAUGGGACUGAUGGACGGAAGGGUGAGGCUGGUUUCCCUGGACUUCCCGGAUGUAAAGGUUCUCCAGGAUCAGAUGGCCAGCAAGGGGAGCCUGGACCAAAGGGAGAUCCUGGUCCUUAUGGGAGGAAAGGAGAAAAAGGAAAUCCUGGAAGGCUCGGUGAACCAGGAAGGCCUGGAAGGUAUGGAGCUCUUGGUCCAAAGGGAAGUCCAGGCCCCAACGGCGCCAACGGGGACGUAGGAGAGCGAGGCGAUGAUGGUCUGCCCGGAGAUGACGGAGAUCCCGGCGAUCGAGGAACUGUUGGGGAGAAAGGGGAGGACGGCGCCCGAGGAAGAAGAGGCCCUCGAGGAGCUGUGGGGAUCCCGGGACCAAUAGGAGAGCGCGGGAGGGAGGGCUCGGCUGGAGAGAACGGCCAACCUGGUGAACCUGGCAGGGCUGGCCCACCUGGCUACAGAGGAGAUGAAGGCCCACCAGGACAAGAGGGACCCAAAGGGCCGAGAGGAAUCAAAGGAGCUCCAGGAGAAAGAGGCCCAAUGGGGGAGAGGGGAGAAAAUGGAAUCCCCGGAAAUGGCACCAUCGGCUGCAAUGGCUUCCAGGGUUAUCCUGGACAGCGUGGAGACCCCGGACAGUUGGGUAGCAGUGGGACUCCCGGACCAAAAGGAGACGAUGGAGAGCCAGGAGACCCGGGCCCUGAUAACACUGAAGGGGGACCUCCUGGAUCAAAAGGGGCCAAAGGUCACAGAGGCCCCGAGGGAAAACCGGGUCCUCCAGGGCCGCCUGGACCACCAGGCGCAGAUGAAUGUGAAAUUCUGGAUAUCAUCAUGAAGCUCUGCUCAUGUUGUGAGUGCAAGUGCGCACCUGUGGACCUGGCUUUCAUUGUGGACAGCUCAGAGAGUAUUGGUCUCACGAAUUUUGCCCUCGCCAAAGACUUCAUUAUCACCGUUAUUGACAGGCUGAUUAAAAACCACCAAGUCAAGUUUGCAGUGGACCAGUCUACCGUGAGUGUGGUCCAGUACAGUGGAUCUAAAGCCCAAGAAGUUGUCAGACUAACCAGCAAUCUCACAGACUUCAAGCAGGCAGUAAGAGAAUUGAACUGGCUGGCUGAGGCCACAUACACCGGCGAGGCUCUAAGUUUUGCCCUGAACAACACAAUCAGCUUCAUGAGGAAAGACAACAAAGUGGUUCUGGUCCUCACGGAUGGACGCUCUGACAUCAUCAGGGACACGGUUCCACUCACCACCCUGUGUGGGAAAGGUGUCCAGGUUGGUGGUUUGGGAGUGAAAGACUACUCAGGUCGUCAACCCAACUCUGAGCAGCUCGACUCUCUGGUGUGCAAGGACGACCCCAAACCAGGCUUUUCCUUUGUGCUGGAGGACUUUGCUGAGUUGCUAGAUGACAACUUCCUGCAGAAUCUCACAUCCAAGAUCUGCCAAGAGAAGAACUGCCCAGACUACAAAUGUCCAAUUUCUUUCUCUGAUCCGACUGACAUUUUGGUCAUGAUGGACAGCUCAGCCAGUGUGGGCCAGAAGAACUUUGAGAUAAGCAAGACCUUCGUCCACCGCUUGGUAGAUCGCUUCUUGAAUGCAGAGAGGAAGCGAAAUGUUAAAGUGAGAGUGGCCCUGGGGCAGUACAGCCGCACCGCACGUCUGGAACAAGAGCUCAUGGAGGAUAUGCCCCUGCUUUCUGCUCGCAUUGAGAAAGCAGCAUUUGAAAACGACGGUACCAACGUUCUGGAGGCAAUGGAACUGGCAGUCAGGACUUUACGAAGGAGUGCAGCGGGAGUCAAGAAGAAGGUGGUGCUGUUCUCUGACGGCAGGUCUCAGGGUAUCACUGUGCCCGUCUUGGAGAAGCGUGUUCGGGAUUUGGCAGACGCAGGCAUUGAGCUCUAUGUCAUUGCAGCCGGCAGCCAUGUCAACGAAGGCAACCUUCGCUUGCUGGUGAGCAGGGGGCGGCAGUACGAUAUCUCCUAUGCCCAACGACACCUGUUCCGAGUCCCAGAUUACCCUUCUCUUGUUCGGGGGGUUUUCUACCAAACGGUGACCCGCAGAGUCUCCUUGUCCUAAAUGUAAUGUUAGAAAACAAAACCAGUGCCUUACCUUUAUGGCCCCACAAACAAAUAUUCCAUCUCACUCUUUUAACAUACACUCAAAUUUCAGAAGGAUCAUACAACAACAAAAGAUUAUUUGGCAGACAAAUGUGAAUAUCUUUGCAGACUAUUUUACAUUCAGUUUAUUUUCCCUGGCAGACAAUCUGUGUCUGUGUGCCAGAACCCAACAGAUCUUAACUCUGUGUUAUUUCUUUCGAGACCAAAGAGGCCUCAGUAACAUCGCUGUCAUUGUCUAUUUCUAGCUUUUUUCUCUGGGCUGAUUUCAACUCAGGUGUUCUGCUUCUUUUUAUCCCUCUCUAGUUGCUUUUAAGAACCACUUCAGGUACAACAAAGCUCACAGAAUUUACUUCCUUGCUUUCCCAGAACUAUAACUUGUUCUAUUCCAGGGAAUCUGUUGAAGGCAUAGCAUGGACACACUUUUAAAUCUUUUUUUACUUGUUUUAAAUGAUGUCUGCAAGAAACAACUGGUGUGAAACCAAAUCUACUAAUUUCUUCCUGCAGCUUUUUGAUUUUUUAAACCAUAAGACUCCUUUCUGAAUAUAUUUUAUUUUUGUUUUAUUUUUUUAAAACAUUGUUAGAUCACCAACACAGCACUGAAGUCAGGGUGUGACAUCAGGCAGAUGUUAAGACAAACCCAUCGGUACAUUAGCUGGUAUCAAUAAAGACUAUGGGCCCCAAAAUGUUUGGGUCUGUGUCCAUGUAAAUCCCAGAUGUACAUCUGUGUAUGUGUGUGUGUGAAUACUUGGAAGGUUGUUCCAUAAACACUCAUUCAGGGGUCAGACUGACAGAAACCUGCUUUUUGUCAAUGGUGCUGCAGAGAAGCUUCACUCAAAACACAAGGACAUGCAUGCUUAUACAGGCGCACAGGUCUGUCUUUGGUUGCAGUUGACGCAGUGCAGUUCCUAGCUAGUUCCUAGUCCUUUACCCAAACCUACACCAACACGAUUGCCUACCUUACACAAACGCUAACUCUGCUCUAGCACUAAAAAAAACAAGCCAUAACUCUUAAAAAAAGUAAUAUUUGGGAAAACAUGGUAAAAUGUCCCCGCAAUCUCAAGUGUCCCCGCACUCAUUUAGGGUUUCCAGAGGCUGUCCUCACAACUAUACACAGACGAGUAUGCACACACACAGAUUUUUGUUCUUCAUUUAUGGGGUAGGAAAACAUCUGUCAAGGCUUAGCUUGGGGGAAAAAAUGUAAAGUGGCUUAUGACCCCCUAAUGCACACACAAUCCUAGCGAGCACUCCCUAUUUGGACAUUUAGGUUCAAGUGGUUUGGCCAAAUUUAUAACUUGAUCAGUACCAAUUCAAGAUCAAUCUUAGCUUAGCUUUAUGUCCAAACAAUGUUGUUCACAUGAUUUUGCAUUAUUUUUGUCAUCAGUGGUUUAGACAGAAACUAAAUUGUCUUGUCACCUGUGGUGCUAUACAUCCCUGUUCCAGCCUAUCCCAGUGUUUUGAGCUGGAGAUGCACAGAUCCAGUAGAGUUGUAAGAGCUCCUUCAAUAAAGGUUGCUACACUACUA